AGAGGAGCCUCUUCAGAGCAGGAACUGAUGUGUAAAUUUGAAUACACCCAGCCUAAGUCUUGGCAAAUAAUCGCAAUACACGAGAACCGGUCUGGAAGAGAGGUAGCCGCCACCACCUGAGUUGCUUGCUUGACUCAGCUGAGUCAGAUCAACGCGGGCACAAGGCACAAGACACAAAGUGUAUGAGCAGAAUGCCUAGACUAACAACAAUUGGCAUAUUUCUGAUGCUCUGGACUAAGAUUGGGCACAGCGAAGGCUAUAAGGUGCCCACGGCCAAGGUGGAGCUGUUGGAGAAUGGUUUUCGCGUGUCAAUUCCAGAUGAGACGGGCGUGAGGCUGGUGGCUUUCAAUGUGAAUCGCAAUCGGAAUUUCACUUCGUUUACGGAGGGUCAGUACAGCACCCGGCUGGUUGAACCGCAGCAUAAUCGCUGGUCACACGAUUUUCUUUCGGUCCCAUUGAGGGCCCAUGAUGUGUUGUAUAUGUGGACGAGUGUGCAGCAUGAGAGGGCCAUUUUCCAAGAUCUCGGGCAGCCCAUUAAUGUUUGCACAUUGGCCGCAGCUAAUCUGCCCAAGGGUUGUUCGUCUCCCGCGCAGGAAGAGCCAACAGAGAACAACAAGUUGAACACAGAGGACACCAAUGCCCCGUCAUCAACAUCAUCAUCAUCAUCGUCAUCUGAGAGAGCAGUGACCGGAGUAUGUGAACCAUCGGCAACGACAAUAUCACCGGCUCCAUUGUCAGCCAUUUGCAAGGGGCAGCUGCUGUUCGACGAGUCCUUCGAUCAACUGAACGAGACCCGUUGGAUGCACGAGGUCCGCUUACCCCUGGACACCAAAGACGCCGAGUUUGUGCUGUACGACGGAAAGGCCAGAGUCCAGGAGGGCAAUCUAGUGAUCCAACCCAUUCAGUGGUCAAGCUAUCGCCCAGACUUGUCCAUAUCGAACUCUCGGCUAGAUCUCUCCGAGCGCUGCACGGGCACGCACAACCGCCAGAAGGAGUGCAUGCUGCAGUCCAGUGGCAGCGGUCCCAGUGCCAUCAUGCCUCCCAUUGUGGCGCCUCGUGUCAGCACCAAGGAAUCGUUUGCCAUUAAAUAUGGACGCAUAGACAUUCGGGCCCAGAUGCCAAAGGGGGACUGGCUGGUACCCCUGCUGCUGUUGGAACCCCUGACUGAAUGGUACGGCCAGACGGGCUACGAGUCGGGACAGCUGCGAGUGGCCAUGGCCAGGGGAAACUCCAAGCUACGGAUGCCGCACGGCAAACUCGUCGAUGGUCGUUCACUGUAUGCCGGGCCUGUCCUUUCCACGGUCGCCCUGCAGCGCGAGGAUAUCUGGGCCACUCAGCGCAGAAAUGUGCACUUUGGCGACGAGUUCCAUACGUACAGCCUGGACUGGAGCAGCGAGCGUCUGCGCUUCUCAGUGGAUGGACAGGUGUAUGGCGAGAUGUUGAGUGGCUUUGCGGAGCUGGACUUGAACUCAAGAUGGAAGAGAGGCGGCCCCAUGGCCCCAUUCGAUCGAAUGUUCUAUAUCACGCUGGGACUUUCUGUGGGUGGCUUUGGGGACUUUGUGGAUAAUUUGCGCACUGCCACCUACGAGAAGCCAUGGAUGAAUUAUCAUCCGCAGGCUAAGCUUAAUUUCUUUGAGGCUAAAGAGCAUUGGCUGCCCUCCUGGAAACAGCCGUACCUACUGGUCGACUAUGUACGUGUCUACGCCAACUGAUAAUCAUAUUCAUAUAUUCCAUAUACAUGUGUCAGAUUGUCGGAUUCUUAUCGGUAAUAAAGCUCGGACAGUCUGUCUUAAGAAA